AUGGCACAACUUGACACUCUGGACAUCAUUGUCCUGGCCGUCAUCCUCUGCGGAUCCGUUGCUUACUUCACUAAAGGGACAUAUUGGGGAAUUGCAAAGGAUCCCUAUGCCUCCACCUACUCUGCCGCCAAUGGCAACAAGGCAGCCAAGACGAGAAACAUUGUGGAGAAGAUGGAUGAGACGGGGAAGAACUGUGUCGUCUUCUACGGGUCUCAAACCGGCACAGCAGAGGAUUAUGCCUCUAGGUUAGCAAAGGAGGGGAAGAGUCGAUUUGGUCUGGAGACAAUGGUGGCAGAUUUGGAAGACUACGAAUAUGAAAAUCUCGAUACCUUCCCAGAGGACAAAGUCGCCGUUUUCGUCCUGGCUACCUACGGCGAGGGUGAGCCAACCGAUAACGCCGUUGAUUUCUACGAAUUCAUCACUGGAGAUGAGCCGACUUUCUCUGAAUCCUCCGAACCCCCACUUGGCAACUUGAAGUUCGUUGCUUUCGGUCUGGGCAACAACACCUACGAGCACUACAACUCAAUGGUUCGCAACGUCAGCAAAGCAUUGGAGAAGCUCGGAGCUGUCAAGAUUGGUGCGGCUGGAGAAGGGGAUGAUGGAGCCGGUACUAUGGAAGAAGACUUUCUAGCCUGGAAGGACCCUAUGUGGACCGCUCUGGCAGAGAAGAUGGGUCUCGAAGAGCGUGAGGCAGUUUACGAGCCCGUGUUCGGCAUUACCGAGAAGGAAGAAUUGACAAAAGAUUCCCCUGAGGUUUACCUUGGAGAGCCCAACAAGAUGCACCUCGAGGGUACUUCGAAGGGUCCAUACAACGCCCACAACCCCUACAUAGCCCCAAUUGCCGAAUCUCGGGAAAUCUUCACAGUCAAAGACCGAAACUGCUUGCACCUGGAAAUCGAUAUCAGCGGGUCAAAUCUAAGCUACCAGACAGGAGACCAUAUUGCUGUCUGGCCAACAAAUGCAGGUAAGGAAGUGGACAGAUUCCUUGCCGUCACUGGCCUUUUGCCAAAGCGAGACGCUGUCAUUAGUGUCAAGGCUCUGGAUCCAACAGCCAAAGUACCUUUCCCAGCACCAACAACCUACGAUGCAAUUGUCCGGUACCAUAUGGAAAUCUGUGCUCCUGUCUCUCGUCAAUUCGUUGCAACCUUGGCCCCAUUCGCGCCGACUGAAGAUGCAAAGGCAGAAAUGGCUAAGUUGGGAAGCGACAAAGAUUAUUUCCACGAGAAAAUCAGCAACAAGUACUUGAACAUUGCCCAGACAUUGGAGGUUAUUGGAGGCGGAGAACAGUGGCCCGCCAUUCCUUUCUCUGCCUUCAUUGAAGGUCUAACUAAAAUUCAGCCGAGGUACUACUCAAUUUCAUCAUCAUCGCUGGUUCAAAAGCACAAGAUUUCGAUCACCGCUGUCGUUGAGUCGGUGCAAAUUGCAGGUCGAACAGAUGCUCUUAAGGGAGUAACAACAAACUACCUGCUAGCCCUAAAGCAAAAGCAACAUGGCGACCCCAACCCAGAUCCUCACGGACUGACUUACGACAUCACCGGCCCACGAAACAAGUACGAUGGCGUCCACGUCCCAGUCCAUGUCCGCCACUCGAACUUCAAGCUCCCCUCCGACCCUUCCAAGCCCAUUAUCAUGAUCGGGCCCGGUACCGGAGUUGCACCCUUCCGUGGUUUCGUACAAGAGCGCGCUCAACAAGCCAAGAAUGGCGAGGAUGUAGGCAGGACGCUUCUGUUCUUCGGCUGCAGAAAGCAGUCUGAAGAUUUCCUGUAUUCGGAAGAGUGGAAGGAAUACAAGGAGGCUCUCGGCGACAAGUUUGAGCUCAUCACUGCCUUUUCUCGCGAGGGAUCUAAGAAAGUAUAUGUGCAGCAUCGUCUGGAGGAAUAUGCCAAAGAGGUCAACGAGCUGUUGCUGCAGAAGGCAUACUUUUAUGUUUGUGGUGACGCAGCAAAUAUGGCGAGGGAGGUCAACAUUGUGUUGGCGAAAAUCAUCGCGAAGCAGAGAGGUGUGCCAGAGGCGAAGGGUGAGGAGGUUGUUAAGGCUAUGAGAUCUUCAAGUCAAUACCAGGAGGAUGUUUGGUCGUGA